UUUGCCAGAAGCUGGGAAUGGGUGACAGGGGAUGGAUCACUUGAUGAUUCCCUGUUCUGUUCAUUCCCUCUGGGGAACCUGGCAUUGGCCACUGUCAUGUGAUGUACCCUCACUGCUUGCUGACUGUACCCUGAUUCAUCCACCUUAAACCCCCCCACCCCAUUGGGGAUACUGCAGACUGUGUUAUGCACUAUCCAAUGUCAAAAUACUAACAUCCCCCCAUACUCUGUAUGGUACCCCCGAUGACUAUUAACUGAAUUUUCAAUGCUCUGUAUCACUUAUUUUUAAACAUUUUCUAGUGGUGGUGGGAUGUGGAGUACCUAGCAGCAUGAAAAUCAGUCAGCCAGCUAAAGGAGAAACCAAAGUAACUUUUGAUCUGUUUUUAGUUUCUUACAUGUAAAAAAUGUUCAGUGGAUCACAUGCUUAUGAGUUCAAAGCAGAAUUUUGGUUCAUAGCUAAUGGGAACACUAUAAGACAGUAGUGCCAUAAGAGCGAUACUGUGUAAUCUGCCAAGAGAAAUAGUGAGACUCCAAUAGUUUGAGUCAUUUGAAGUUCAAUUGGACAAAGCACUGGAGAAUAUACUGUGUAGAUCCAACAAGAUGUCUGGUCCCAGCCCUCAAGGUCACAACUGGAGCCAGAAGUCAGAAGACGAGGAGGAUCCCUUGGAUCAAAUGAUCUUGCGCACUGGCUGUGCCACUUUCCAUUAUGCGGUGCAGGAGUGCAUGGCCGAACACCAGGACUGGAGGAAGUGUCAGCCGCAGGUACAGGCCUUCAAGGACUGCAUGAAGGAACAUCAGAAGCAACGAAUGGAGGAACUGCAGAAGAGGCAGAUGUUAGCCCAGGCCAAGAGCUGAUAGAAAAGACUCAAGCUUGAAGCUCAAGAGAUCCAAGAGUCUAACUCAGCCAGAGCAUGGAGAAUUUAACUUCUGAGAAGUAUCCUGCUGAAUCAAAGAGGGAUAAAACCUACUCCCUCUUGGGACUUGGCACGUGCAUUAAGGGGACUGAUCAUAGUAAUCAGGAUGGGAGUGACUUUGCUGAUGAUGUGUCACUGAAUAUUUUUUUAUAGUGGAAAUGUCAGGUAAAAAUUUUAAAUUUUCAGGUGAAAAAAUAAAUGGA